AUGACCGAUUUGUAUGUAUUUCUAUUGUUCCUUUCCUACAUUGGAUCGACUGUUCACGGACAGUCCCUACGUAUAUAUCGAGACAAGAAUGAUCCAGAUGAUGACAUUCAGCUGCCUUCUGUACAAAGCGAGUGUCCCACUAGAGAGACUCCCCUUUGCGAUAAAUAUAAUGCUCGACGGUUCGAUUUCUCCGAUACCUGCUUCUGUCAAUGCAAACAACCUUCAGGGAAUUACACUUUCUUCGAACGGAACAACUCUUGCAUAAGAGUAAGCGAGGCUCGUCAGCAAGCAGGUAAGAAUUGUUUUUGUUUGCCGUAGUCAUGAUCAGAUAGAAGUCUAAAAAUCGACGUAAACUAUUAAGUCUGUUUUAUUUAAUAGGAAAAAAGGUUAGGAAACUUUUGCCUCCGUCUAUUUUCAAAAAUAAUUCUCGUAUACUAAAAGCUUUGAAUUAAAGCUUUAAUUAAGGUGUUGUUCUUUCCAUUCAAAGUCUGGUUCCAAGAGGCCGACAAAGGCUAGGAAACUUUUGUCUUCGUCUAUUUUCAAAAAAUAAUUCUCAUAUACCGAAAGCUUUGAAUUAAAGCUAUAAUUUAGGUGUUUUUCUUUACAUUCAAAGACUGCUUCCAAGAGGCCGACAGUUUUUCUUCUAAGGUAGGAUAAGGUGCAGUGGUUUCGCUGUGGUUUCGCAUCUUCCCUUUUUUUUAUGAAAAUUGAUGGUAUGUAUAUGCAAGAUUUUGUUUUCUGUUACGUGUCACCUAACAGGUUAUUAAGUUUUUUUCAACACCGCGUUCACAUAUUAACCGGUCGCUGACUAAAACAAAUGUUCCAACGAAUUCCGCUUUUUGCCGUUCGUAGGAUCGAUUAACACAUAAUAUCUUCAACAAAGUGAUACACGUGAAAAGUACAACAACUGUUGAUCAACAAACUUUUUAGCUCUCUUUGUUCAACAUGUUGAAACUUGUUGAGCGUUAAGCCGAGUAGAGCUCAUCCCGGCUAUUUUCGUUCAAUCGGUUCAACAUUUCGUUCAGCUUGUUUGAUCGAUGGCUUAUGUCAACAAUUAACCCGCCUGAGCUUUAGCCCUAAAACAAAUAAAAUAAAGGGAAAACACGAGGUAAGCAAGAAAUUUUUUAAACUCGGUGUGGUUCGAACCAACAAUCCUUGGAUUUGAUCUAUCCUCGCUCUACCGACAAAUUACAAGGCCUUUCUGUAGCAAGUUAAGGGUAAUCAGUUUUGGUUAAUUAGCAUGCUCAAUGCAGACAUCGGCAUGGAAUACACAUUGAUAUUUAACCGACAAAUAUUAAUUUAGAAGAGCAGGAUAAAUUUUUGUACGAUAAUUAACUGACUUCGCUCCCUGAUUUGUCCAAAACUAUGGUCCAAAUCUUUCUAUAAAAAAAGAACAUAAACUUGACAGAUAUUGAGUAUAAUCAAUAUUGGAUGUAACAGAAUUUGUUUUCCUCUCUCUUUCGCACAUCUUUUUUUCUCAAAAUUUGGCCGAAUUCGCUUGCGGCUCGUGGUUCCAAUCGACUUUUGAACUAUUUAUACGUCAUUUAUAAUAAUGCCAAAAACGUAGCUAAGAGUGUCAACCUCUUUUCAGCCCGCAUAAAUGAUAAAUGGGACGCAAAAUGAGCCACGUGUAAAGGCUUAUGAAAAUUUAGCCAUUUCUUUGGAUUGCGAUCACUAGUGACGUCACAACCUUGAUGCUUUAGGAACUAUUUAUUAAUUCCUAACAGAUUAUUAUUCGGUGUUUUAUAGGUAAACACAGAUCCUCAGAAAUGCUUGAUUUGUACCAGUUCUAAAAUAAUCUCUAUUACGAAACGAAGCUGUGUUAAUAGAGUACAUAUAAAAUGACGCUAUUCAUUUUAGUCUAUUUGCCUAAAAAAGACAUUGAUGAAGGAGAGUAUAUUAAAAUGAUUUUAAGAAAUGUAGUGUCUGCUAUGAAUUUUUUCAUAUUUCUUCCCCCUUUCUUGAACCACAGGAUACGACUUGCUUUUUACCGACGAGACAGUAACUGGCCAUUUAACGUUCUUUUCCCCAAAUGGUCCAAAUGAACCUUCAAAAUCCAUCGGUCUUCCGACCAACAUGACUUGCAGCUUUAACUUUUUGGGAAAACUUUAUGUUCAAUACUUGGACUGCGCUGGGGACUGGAUAGAAGUACCAUCAGACGAAGUGAAAGCUGACUGGGAGCUUACAACUGGUUGGGCAACACAUCAGUUGCAAAUAUUGGUAAGCACAGAAAACAAACAGCAGCUGAACUACCACUCUAUAGGGGCAGCAGAAAAAUAAAUGAACCUCGUCUCUCGACAGUUUUAAUGUUGCUGUGGGUCCUUUUAUUGUACUCAAAUAGGGAAACUUCAGAGACCAAAAAAAAUCCACACCCCUCUCCCCUCACCUCCAUUCAAAGUCGUUUUCUACAGGUAGCUCGAACAGCGGGACAACAUUGCAUGGAGGGGAUGGGAGAGGUCAAGAUUUAAUUUCCCCUUUCGAAGACGGUAAAAGGUCAGAAAGUCCCUUUAAUUAGGGUAAGGUGUCUUAACUUAUUUUGUCGUCGAUUAUAGGUACUGUGAUAUUGAUUUGACCAAGUGCAACAUCGUUAAUUUAAAAAAGAGUUUCAUGUACACGUACGACAGCAUGAAAAUUAUGAUACCCGUCCAGAAUCUUCGCACUUGAAAAUAGAACUCGGAAAUGGCCAAUUUGCUGAGCGAUUGCAACCGCUUUAGCACAAAUUCGUUUGCUAUACCAAAGUACUCUGGCUCGCUUAAAUGGCAUUUCAUUGUUAUGCUAGACGCGUUUAACGUCUGACACUUUAAAGUCCUCUGUUGAGUGCCACAGAACGGCUUAGUUUGAACCUAUUUAUCGUUCUUGCACUAGAAAUUUAAGUUGUCUUAAAAGGACUUCAGCGUCUCAGACGACUUUAACGCCUGUAGCACAAAAACGGCCAUAGAAACUCUCUGUUUCGAUUUGUACAAUACACAUACCACAGAUAGUCGUAUAAACAUAACAACUUUCUUUAAUUUUCCAGACAUGUUUCGACGGUACAUCCGUCAUCUUCAGUGUUACAUAUUUUGAAAUCGCCGUUGAAUUUAAAGCGCGCGCGAUCUUACAAAGUUCGUUACAUUGCGUUGUCAAUAUUGCGUACUAAAACAAAGUUAAAUGAGUGACGCUUAGACCACAGACCACAGACUAAAAAGACGGGUAUGGAAAUUUCCAUCGUGACAAAAAUGCCGUGAAAAAAUCCCGUGCUGUAUUUUCUUAAACAGGUCAAAAGAAAUAUUUCAAAUUUUAUGAGCUUAACCAGGGGAAGGAUCUUCAGAGUAGCAGUUCAGUGUCGUGAUCUUAAAAGCAGCAACCACGACGUAGGAAACACCACAUGCGCUAUGUUCAAAGUGGAAGGAGGACUAUAUCUCUGUAAGAAAAUUCACAUUUCUGCAAUGUACUUCAGACUACUAUCAACGACUCACUUUAGAGAGCUGGUUUCAAUUACAAACUUAGAACAAACGCCACUGAAUCGUAGUCAACAGUACAAACGACUUAUUGACUGA